AUGAUGUCCCGGAAGCUGUUCGACGAGAGCCGUGCUCUGCAGUUAGAUGGCGAAAAUUCGUCCUUCCAAAUCAGCAACUACGGCUACGGCAAGGACAGCGUGAAAGUGUUGCAUGUCGUCCGCAACGGUUUGGUGCACUCAAUAAAGGAGUUUGAAGUGGGCACCAAGCUUAAGCUGCGCAGCCAGAAGGAUUAUCUUGAAGGUGACAACAGCGACAUUGUGGCAACGGAUUCGCAGAAAAACACCGUCUAUCUGUUGGCCCGCAAGCACGGCCUCAAGUCGCCGGAGGAGUUUGGCGUGCUGCUGUGUCAUCACUUUCUGAGCAAGUAUCCGCACGUUGAUGAAGUGUCGAUCCACAUCGACGAGUAUCCCUGGUCGCGGAUGGGCUUCGGUACGGGGCCGUACACAGACUUGCACAACCACGCUUUCGUCUUCACACCAACCGCCAUUCGGUACACGGACGUUACGCAGAAGAGAACGGAAACCAAACCCACCAUCGUCAGUGGGCUGACGGACUUGCGAGUGCUCAAAACGACGCAAUCGGCCUUUGUAAACUUCGUCAACGACGAGUAUCGCUCGCUGCCGGAUCAACAUGAUAGAAUCUUCAGCACGGUUGUCCGCUCGUCCUGGCAGUACUCAACGGUUACCGGCGUGGACUUUGACUACUGUUGGAACAAGGUGAAGCAGUGCAUCCUGAACAACUUUGCCGGGGAAACCGAAAAGGGCAUCUUCUCGCCCAGCGUCCAGCACACGCUGUACCUGGCCGAGAAGCAAGUGCUCGAAACGAUCCCCGAAAUCUCGUCGAUCGACAUGACGAUGCCCAACAAACACUACUUUACGUUCGACUUCAGCAAGUUUCCCAAAGUGGUCAAGGAAACCGAGCUGGGCGAGGAAACGGUCUACACACCGGUCGACAAACCGGCCGGUAUUAUUUACGCGCAGCUCGAUCGGAAAUCGGAUCAGCACGUGAAAAGUAAACUCUAGGGCCGGCCCACACCGGGGCGGUCCGCCGCACGGCAUGGGUUAAGUAAACGUAGCUUAAGUGCUUAUGAUGGUCGGUUGUUUACUCUACGAUCUACUUCUAUCGUAGAAGAUACUGUUACGGCACUG